CGCUUUUAUUUACAAGAUGGCAUUUGCGCAGUACGCAAAUGGUACCACAUGAGAAGCAUGACACAGUCCUGAUGCUGCAUCUCCUCUCUUUGCCCUCCUUAUGUUGCCUCCGAUCCUAAGAUUGUCUCCCCCUGCUGAUGUGAUGUCACUCCUACCAUUCGAGGGCAACAUGUCUGUUUGUCGGGGUGAACGUUUUGCCACUGCGAUUCCUAAAAUAGCCAGACAGGGUGUAUAAAGGGGGAAGUCUAGCCUUCAGCGGAGCAGCUCCACACUGUUAAGUCUCUCAGAGGAAGAGUGACUUUUGAGCGAAAAGACAUUGACCUCAAACCUUUUUUCUUCCGCUUGAAUUUUUUUUCUUUCUUCCCUAAGCAAACUCUUAGGAGAAUGAAGUAUUACCAGUUCCCCACGACUCAGACCGUAUCACUUCGGGGUUAUGCCCAGGAGAAGCACAAGAGCUCCGCGUCUCAAAAGCCCAUCCGAACCGUGCAUUUCCCCAAUGACAUCGUUUUCCAGGACUUUGUUCGGCAUGGUGAGCUGGAGAGGAUUGGACGCUUCAUCCGGGCCAGAAGGGUCACGCUGGACACCAUCUACCCCUCUGGCAUGGCUGCCAUCCACGAAGCUGUGCUGUCUGGAAACCUGGAAUGCGUGAAAUUGUUGGUCCACUUUGGGGCAAGCAUCCACCAGAGGGACGAAGAAGGGUGGACCCCGCUGCACAUGGCCUGCAGCGACGGUUUCCCUCACAUUGCACGCUAUCUUCUCUCACUGGGCGCCGAUUCAAAUCUGGAAAACAACUGUGGCGAGAAGCCGUGUGAUCUCAUCGACCCGGAGAACAAGGAACUGCUGGACCUGUUUGGUUUCGUCGACAAUGACUGAGAGUGUUACAUAGGGACGGAAGACCGGUGCAGUUACUCUCAUUGUUCUGACGGGGCGGAGAGAAGAGGCCUCUUGGGUUCAGCAUCCUGAACCAGACAGCUGCCCGAACUGUGGAGGUGACCAUGAAUGUCUGGUGGAAGGAAGCAGGCUUUUUCCUACAUGGAUUUGCAGCAGUCGGCUACAUGCACAUCUUUUUAUCCUGCAGUGAGUUUGAAUGAUAAAGAUUACACGUAAAAAAAAAAAAAAUAAAUGAAAUAAUUGAAAUUAUUCUUAUCCUGGAAGGUUGAUGCAUUGAUUUAAACGUGAAAGUUUGCUGCUCAUUUGCAAGCUUGUAUUGCAAAGGGUUAGCGUCUGCCCCACCACCCCAAACAAAGUCCAUAUUUUUCUAUGCAUUCUAGCAUCUGCUACGAUACCGAGAGAAAAUAGAAGUAACGUAGUUCUUUUUUUUUAUGUCCAAGAAUGGAUUCUGACCAAUAGAAGCAAACUUAGCAAUAACUGCAAUGUCUUUUUUGUAUACAUAUAAAACCUGGCAUUCUAGUCACAUGUUGAUAACUGUAUAGUUUUAUUUUUAUACUUAUAAAAUAAAGUGUUCAUCGGA